UGUUGCUGUAUCGUGUUCAAUAGGCGAGGAACAUGGCGGAUAGUAUGGGCGCCCUGUAGUCGCGUGAGGAGAGGAGAGGAGGGGUGACGCUCGAGAGAUAGAAAGUGAAACGAGAAGGAAGAAGAAGCACACGCUCCAGAUGGCGUUCAUGUCCCGGUUCUCCCGGUCCCGGAGCAGCUCGAGAUCUCCCAACAGGAAAGAUUCGGAGCGCGGGUCCCCGGUACUAACAGUGUCUGAGCUGGAACGGCUCCUCUACACCGGGAAAACAGCGUGUAACCAUGCCGACGAGGUCUGGCCCAGGCUCUACAUUGGAGACCAAGACAUUGCAUCAGACCGGCGUGAGCUGGCACGGCUUGGCAUCACCCACAUCCUGAACUGUGCCCAGAGUAAGUGGCGCGGCGGGGCGGAGUAUUACGCUGGCAUGGACAUCACCUACCAGGGCAUCGAGGCCCACGACACACCCUCCUUCGACAUGAGUGUCAACUUCUACCCCGCUGCAGAGUUCAUACACAGAGCCCUCAGCAGCGGUGGUAAGGUGCUGGUGCACUGUGCGGUGGGUGUGAGUCGUUCGGCCACGCUGGUCCUGGCCUACCUGAUGAUCCGUCAGAACCUGACCCUGGUGGAGGCCAUCAAGGCAGUGAAGGACCACCGUGGCGUAAUCCCCAACCGGGGCUUCCUACGCCAGCUCAACGGCCUGGACGGCAUCCUCCGGGACAGUCGCAAGGCUCUACACUCCCCAACCUCUCCAACCUCUCUUUAGAGCUAACAGGCUAACACCGCUAAAGACACUACUUUAGAGUUGUAACAAUGCUAACCCAUCUACAAAACCUUGGUUAACCAGGGUAAACAAUUUUUUAAACCAGAAAAAUACAUCAGCAACGGGUGUGUCAUUGUCUUUCCCAUGUCUUGAUCUCGUCAUGAAAAAGGCGUCUUUACCUGGUUGAAACAGAGACCAAUUGGUCGGAAUCUGGUUUUAUGACAUCUUCACAACCAGAAAAACAGUUUACAACCAGAAAUGGAUGUAAUUCAAACGUCAUGCGGAAUGUUUUUCCUGCUGUGUGGUCGUGUGACAAUAGUUGUCUGUUUCCCUUUUUAUCUAUGGAUAAAAGCGCCUGCAAAAAAAAUUCUAAAUUGCAGUUAGUUUCUAACCCUGGGUCUUGACUAACAGUCCUAGGUAUUGUGGUCAGUUAUACAGUACUAACUAUAUGGUAGAAUUAAGUAUCAAUUGAAUAUAAAUCAUGCCUUAUAUAGAAGUAACUUCAGCCUAUACAGUGCAGUAGAGACAUGGAGACAUUUUGAUGACAUGUACAAUCAUAUCAUCCCCAAAUGGCCAUUCCAAGACAUUUAAAUGUUUCCCCUUAAACCACUCGAGUGUUGCUUUAGCAGUAUGCUUAGGAUCAUUGUCCUGCUGGAAGGUGAACCUCCGUCACAGUCUUAAAUCUCUGGAAGACUGAAACAGGUUUCCCUGUUUUGAGCACCAUCCAUUACGCACUCAAGCCACCAUCAGUACGCACACCUGCCUUCCCCCCGACAUGCGCAUCAGCGAUCAUUGGACUCACGUGGACUCAAUUACUUGUGUCAUUACCUUCCCUAUAUAUGUCUGUUCCCAAGCUCUGUUCCCUGCUUCGGGAUGAAUUGUCUCAGAAUGAUUGAUUAUCUAAUGCUGACAUUUACUCCAACUGAAAA